UAUAAUCAUGCGAAUGUGGAUGCAGAUGUGAAUAUAGCAACUGAUGUAUAUAAUCAUGCGAAUGUGGAUGUGAAUGCAGGUGUGAAUAUAGAUGCAAAUGUGGAUAUAAAUGUGAAAGUGAAUGCGAAUGUAAAUGAAGCAACUGAUAUAUAUAAUCAAGAGUUCUUCGAUACAUUUCUUAAAACAAUGAAGGAUGAUUAUGAACAUUGUGGACCACAACUUCGAGCAGCCCUUGAGAAAUUGGCUGAGAGAUACAAUGCAGCAAAAGCUAAGUCUAUCCCG